CUCGUAUCGCAGAGGACUCGUAGAUUGAAAGUUUGAAAGCUAAAGGCGGGCGACCCUGGGUCCCACCAGCAGCAGGAAGCCCGACAGCAGCGCGCACGCACCAAACUACUUUCCGCUACCAUGGCAGCUCGAAGGAGAACCACGCUAGCGGCAGUGUCGAGCUCAUCGCUCAACUCCCGCGGUUCCACGGGCACGACGUCGUCGGGACGCUCCUCCCUGGCGUCAUCCAAGCAGCCGUCCUCGCGAUUCAGCAUUUCUACCAGCUCGGCCGCGGCAAGGUCUACCAUGGGCGGCGGCGCAGGGGGCGGGGGGCGCACUAGCAUGGGGGCACGCCCCAGCAUGGGUACGUCUCGUCCGAGCAUGGGCACCUCGCGGCCAAGCAUGAGUUCCUCCCGGCAGAGCGCGGGAAGGCCCAGCAUGUCUACCGCCGGGGACCGCAAGUCUGUCGGAGUUCGGCGAACCACUUCGUUCGGGACCGGCGGCGGCAGCAGGUCGGACCAGAGGCCGUUGAUGGACAAGGCCCACCUCAACGCCUCCCUGCACAAGCUGGCGGCCUACCUGACUGACCACGGUUACGAUCAGCCCAUCAACAGCAAGAGCCUGACGCGGCCGAGCGGCAGGGACUUCAACAACAUCACGGGGUUCUUGUUCAGGCAGCUUGACCCGAACUACAGGCCCUCCGGGAGGUUCGAAGACGACGUUGUUCCCUUCCUCAAGAUGGUCCGGUACCCGUUCACCAUCUCCAAGUCCUCGCUCGCCGCCGUCGGAGCUCCGCAGACUUGGCCUAAAGUGAUGGGUGCCAUCUCGUGGAUAGUGGACGCCCUCCUGUACGAUGAGACCAUCGCCGUGGCGGAGGAGGAGCAGCGCGCGAGGGAGCGGGAGGCCACGCCCGAGGAGAGAGAGCGGGACAAGGAGGACGGCGUCGAUGACCAGGGCGCAGACCAGAAGAACUUCGUGGCCUACUUGGAAGAGGCCUACUGCUGCUUCCUCGAGGGAGACGACGAGGCCCAUCAGGCCGUCACCACGGAGUACACGGAGGCGCGCGAUGAAGAGGACGCCGGGGCCGAGGAGUUUCUACGGAACCUCGAGGAGGCCAACAAGACCCUGGGGCAGACCAACCAAGAGCUGCUGGACCAAGGGAACUCUCUCCCUGCACUGGAGGAAGGGCUUAAGCUGACGCUUUCCGACAACGAGAAGAUCACAUCCCUCUUGGAGGAGAUCGAGACGCACAGGCGCUUGCUGCAGGAGAAGGUGGACAAGAGAGUGGAGGAAGAGCGGAGGCUCAAGGAAUUCAGCGCGUCGGACAUGGAGGGCCAGCUCUCGGAGAGGAGCAGGCUGAGGGACGCGCUGGCCGGCGCGGGGGAGGCCAAGGUCAAAGCACGCAAGGAGGGGUGGUCAGCCCAGGUUGAAGUGUCGAGCACAAAGGAGGCGCUUAAGGAGAACCUUCACCGGUACAGGGAACAGGCCGAGGCGUUGCUGCUCGUACCCUUCGGCACGCAGCCGGCAGAGAACGCCGGAGAGACGAACUACGCGGUGGACAUCGACGAAACCAAGCUCGACCAAGAGGACGGCGUGUUGACGAAUGACGUCAGGGGGGUCAUCCGCCCCGCGCUGAAGGAACUCAAGAUUGCCAUCGUGCGAAGGACCGCGGGGCUACGGCAGGUCAAGCGGAAGGAAGAGGCCUACAACAAGAGCAAGUACGCUCUCGACAAGCAGGUGGCGGGCGGAAAGAGCGAGACAGAGCACGAGGAGAGACGCCUCGAAUCGCAAAAUGGCUCGGCGGAGAGACUGGACAGGGUGGCGGCGGAGAACAAGGCCAGCUCGGACGUGCUGCGGGUGCAGAUCGAGGCGCUGAAGGAGAGAAAGGAGAUAGAGAAGAGGCUGAGCGAGAACGUGUUGCAGAGCACGCUGGAAACUGCCCUGGACUACAAGGAGCGAGAGGAGAAGUGCUUGGCCGGGCUUAAAGACAGGUAUCGUCAGCACCACAGGGCUAUUCUUCACGGGCAGACGGCGUUCGACCUCGUGCUGUCCGAGGGGGGCAUUUUGCUGGACCACGAUCAGCCGGCGGCGGGGGAGGAAGAGGGACUGGGGGCAGCGGAGGGCCACCUUCGGCUACAGGAGGAGGAAGGGGAGACGCGGGAGGACGGCGAGGAGGACCCUUUGCACGGCCGGAUAGCCCUGUGGCCCUCCGUGCCCUCGUCCUCAUGAUGGGGUCGCUUUUUGAGUUUUCU